AUGGCAACCUGUCGCCGCUGCCAAUCCGAAGUCACAGCGCCCAACGGGACGCACUGCGAGAACCUCCACUGGAAAAAGCACAAGAACUCCUGCGCCAAGAACCGCCCCAAGUCCGGCGGUGGCGUCCGCACCUCGCCUUCCGGGCCUGCCAAGCUGUCGCCGUCCCGCGGGUUCGAUGGGCCCGUGCCGGACCCCUUCACUCGGCUCGCCAAGAACAAGUUCCUGUACGACCGCCCUGAGGUCGACACCUACCGUCUCCGCAUGGAGGACAACGCCGUCAUCGAAGGCGAAACGACGCCCAAAUCCCUUUACGAGCCCGGCGUGUCGGACGCCGCCGAUGGUUUCCGGGCAUUCCUGGACAAGGUCAAGGGGAAGCCGCGCCUGCUGCCGCCGUGGUGGAGCGAGGAGAAGCAGGCCGAGUGCGAGGCGCUCGGCGGCGACGGAGGUGAGAGGUGGUACAGCCUGCGGGCCAAGGCGACCAAGGCCAGCGUGAUCCAGCACUACGGCGACGAGCACUUCCCUAUGCAGCCGCGGAUGAUGGGGGAGGCUAUCUACGGCUCGGCUCCCGGCGGUGGCAACAGCUCGAUGAUGGGGCGCAUAUUUGCCGAAAGAGAGGCUGGGACCUCGCAGUACCAGCACGUCGCCCACAUCGACACUUCGGGCCUCUAG